AUGCCUCACGAUGAAGGGGAAACAAUGAGCACUGCGAAUCGAUUCCAUGUUCUUCAAGAAACCGAUCCAAACGCUGUCAAAGCCAGCAUCCAGGAGAGCCUGUGGAAACCAGGUCAUAGGGAAUGGCUCAUUAUCACUUGCUGUUGCAUUAUUGCUAUAGUUGUUGCACUCGAUGCUACGAUCUUGGUCCCUCUUCUGCCGGGCCUCUCGCGAUCUUUAGAUGGAACUGCCGUCGACACCUUUUGGACCGGAACCGCGUAUCUUGUCCCCUGCGCAGUCUUCCAGCCCUUUAUUACUUCAUUAUCAGACUUGUUUGGUCGUCGUCCAAUUUUAUUUCUCUCUCUUCUGCUAUUCACGGUGGGAACAUUAGUAUGCUGCCUUGCGGACGGUUUCCCUCAGCUGCUCACAGGUCGUGUGGCCCAAGGAAUUGGUGGGGCGGGUUCAAUGUCAGGAUGUUACGUCGUCUUAUCUGAUAUCAUUCCUCUCAGACAGCGACCGUUGUAUCUUGCGAUGAUCAGUCUGGCUGGGGCGCUAGGGACCAUUACAGGUCCAUUGAUCGGCGGCUUGUUCGAACAAUAUAGUACUUGGCGAUGGGCCUUUUACAUCAACUUUCCAUUCUGUGGGGUGGGUUUGGCAUUGGUGUUUUUCUCGCUGAAGCUUCAUACAGAACAGACACCACUUAAAGACAAAUUCCGCCGGAUUGACUUUGCUGGGGCUACCUUGUUUAUUGCCAGCACCUGCAGUGUUCUGAUCGGCCUAACUUGGGGUGGUACUGAAUUCCCUUGGGACAGCUGGCAUACCCUGGUACCUAUUAUCGCCGGAAUUAUUGGAUUAGUCGCAUCAUUUUAUUGGGAGAACUCUGUCGCCUCCCAACCCUUUCUCCGCGUCCAGCUUUUCAAGAGCAGUUCUGCCAUUGCGGCAUAUAUCUGUAUUUUCUUACAGGGCUUAAUGCUCUUUUGUGAAUUGUAUUACAUUCCAAUCUACCUUGAAUCAGUGCAAAGUCUCUCCCCUACUCUGGCCGGAGUUGGCUUGAUGCCUAUAUCGGCCGUCGUCCUACCAACGAGCGCUGUGACCGGUGCUAUGAUAUCAAGAUACGGACAUUUCCGUUGGGCCAUCUGGUCUGGUUGGUUGACCACGAUUAUAGCCACGUCUCUGCUCUUGCUUCUCGACACCAGUAUCAGAACAUACGGCUGGGUUCUGAUCUUUGCUGCGGUCGGAGUUGGUCAUGGUUUCAAUUUUAGUGCUCUCAGCGUCUGCGUUCAAGCAUUUGCGGACUCUCCUGAUGCUGGUUAUGCAGCUGGACUAUACACAUUCAUGCGCACAUUUGGUAUGUGCAUUGGGGUUCCCAUUGGUGGUACAGUCUUCCAAAACCGCUUCACCUAUUAUACUGGAGGCCUAGACCUCCCCGACGGGAUGUCAACAAACGCUGAGGUGUUAGUAUCAACACUUCAAGAAAUUUCCAUAUCCUCGCAUCUACGAGAGAGCCUCAAUGUCGCUUAUGCAAAAAGUUUUCAGGAUCUCGUCAAAGUAUUGAUUGGCGUGGCUUCAUUUGGGGUACUGGCCUCCUUGUUCUUGAAGAGCGCAACUAUGGAUAGGCAGCUCGAAUCAAAGCAUCUUCUGGAAAAGGCCAAGCCGGACAAUGAGAAAUGCUCUGAUUGA